GUCAACGCGACACGCUGUAUAUGCUGUACAGCUGCGAACAUUCACCGACAGCCGUUACGCGACACGACCGACUACGACGACGACACCACGAGCUCACCGAGAGCUACGAUAAUUGCCACGACGCACGCGCGCUUAGGAUCCUGGGAACACAGUACUCGAGAGGUACAGGACCGAGACGCGACUUUCAGCACCAAUUCCCUAACGACGACCAUGUGGAAAGCAGCGUUUACCGGACGCAGCGAGAAGGGCGGCGACCGAGAGCGAGACACACAAAGUACAUCUGGCCGCUCGGAAGUACGGCGCAAGAAGAGCAGUAGAAGCACGCGCGGAGAUGUCGAUGAUACUGGCAGUGUGAUGAGCGGGACGUCAAGACGACACAGGAGUAGCCGCCACGAGAGCAGCUCGCGAUACGGCGAUGACGAUGAUCGCGUGAAGAGCAGCUCGAGAUAUGAAGACGAUGAUCGCGAUCGCAUGCAGGACAGUUCGUACUACUCUGGUGGCCCUCCGUCCGUGUAUGGCAGUGCUAUGAGUUAUGCGAGUCCGGGAUCGGGCUCGUACGCCACUGCGCCAACGAGUCGCGUGAGUGGAGAGACGAGACCGCUCACCGCAAGUGCAUUACGCAUGCUCCCAGACGACGAUGGGGACGAGGAUGACUGGGAGGACGACGAGAAGACGGUCAAGAGCGAGCGCAGGCGGAAGAAGCGCAGCCCGAGCGACGAGCGAGAGAAGAGGCGCAAGAGCAGUGGCAAAGAGAAAGAGAGGAAGCGCAGCUCGAGUCGCGAGCGCAAAGACAAGACGCGCAGUGAGAAGUCCAAAGACAAGUCAUCGUCACGUCGAAGUGAGCCAGAAUUGGUGACGGACAGUUCGCGAGCCAUUCCCGCCAUGGGCAGUUUUGAGCAAUUUCCUGGACAGUACGGCGGAGGAGUCAUGGGCCAGCACCAGCAGCCCGAAUAUACCAUGUCUGGUGCUCUGCCAAAUGUCGUGCCUCAGUCACAAUUUCCUGGUCAAGAUCAUCCCGCACCCUACGAACAACCCGCGCCGCAGUUGGGCAUUUCUCGCGCUGACAGCUACGGCCACGCCGCCGACUACUACUUGGAUGAAGGCCAGUCGGUCGCCUUCCAGCCAGGUUUCCGUGCCAGCACACCAAACAUGCUCGUCAACCCCGACCACCAUUUGAUGGCUGCUUCUAGCGUUCCCGUGCCGGCGCAAGACACAGGCAAUGGAAGUGCAGCCGAUUUCUACAACGACACCACCUCUUAUUCUGCGCCCGUCACACCAGCACGUCCAACAGCGAAACCUGGAAAGCAAUCAUCCUCGAGCGCAUCCAAACCUUCGAAGACAUCGAAACCAUCGCGCACGUCUUCAGGCACCGCCGUUGCUGCAGGCUUGGCAGGCGUUGCGGGUGCUGCUGCGGUGAACAAGAUUGGCAAGAACGGCAGGACUUCAUCCUCACACCACCACUCACAAUCCGAGUACACGACAUCAAGCUCUUACCAGUCGCGUCCAAGCGACUAUCCACCCACGCUGCCUUCCAUGACUUCGCAAUCCCGACCAUCGCGCCACUCCUCUGACGGGAACGUCUACUAUGCGACGACUUCACAUGGCUCGAACGGCGCCGGAGCCUCCAUCGCUGGAUCGAGCGCAUACGGACCGAGCUACGAGAACACUUACGGAACCGGCAAUGUACCAGGUAAGACUACUAAUCAUUCUAACGCAGGACUUUACACAGCAGGCGCCGCGGCGGCCGGCGCAGCAGCCUACGGGAUUUAUCAGAACCAACACAAGCACGGACGACACGACUCGAAUACGGCUGUCGCGGGCGACUACGGCGGGAACGGUCAAGGACCACCGCGCUCACCACGACCGGCAGGAUUCUCUGGAGGCUACUACCCACCAAACGGCAACAACAGCGGUGGCAUGAUGCAACAAGGCCACUAUCACGAGCACAAGGGACCAAUGACGAAGCUAAAGGAUGGUCUGCUGAACCUGAUCUCCACUCCAGAAGACGUGGCCAAGAUGGAGAUGUAUACCGAGUACAUUGGUGUCUGCAAAUACUGCUUUGAUCCUCGCACUUCAGCCUGGGAUGCGCCUCGCGUUCACCACUACCACAAGCGACGUGACUCGUUUGAAUCAUUGCGUCGACGUGUGAGCAAAGAUAGACUCCAACACAAGACCAGCUAUGAGCGAGUGGACAAGGAGAGUCGGUACUAUGCAUCAGACUCCAGCCGCCGCAGACGCGAAGAGAGAAAUUCGGGCAUGGGCCUUGCCGGUGCUGGUCUCGCGGCUGUAGGCACUGGUCUUGCGGCCAACGCUCUUUUCAACGGCGGCAAGAAUUUCGACGACACCUACAGCGUUAAAUCUGGCCAUCGUGAAAGCUCAGCUGUACGCAGACGCAGUCGAAGCUCCAGUCGAGAGAAGAGGCGACAAUCUCAAUACGGCACCAUUCGUCCUGGCCGUGACGAAUUUGCAAACGUCACGAUUCGAAGGAAGGAUGGAACUAUUGAGCACAGACGAGUGGCCCGGUCGAGAUCAGGAUCUGGAGGCCGCAAAUCCGGUCUUGGGAUGGGUACAGCUGUAGCUGCUGGUGCUGCACUAGGCGCUGCGGGUCUGGCUGCCGGUCACAGGUCCAGGUCCUCAAGUAGAGAGCGCAGGAGGAGAUCGGGACGUGUGUCUUCUGGACAAUCCGAAUAUUCUCGCUACGACCGUGACGACCGACGCCAGUCUGAAGAAGGUGGAGGAGGCAUAUUUGGCAACUUCUUCUCACCUCCACGAAAGCAGCGCAGGGAGUCACGCGAGCAUGAAAAGAAACGUGCGGGUUUCUUCACUUUCAGCAACGGCUCGGCAUCUUCGUCGAAUUCUGACCUUGCAUUUGGGGGAAGUGCGCUGAGUCGCAAAGAAAGCAAGGCCAGUUUAUCCAGACGUUCCUCUGGACGAUCAACUCGAGGACGUCCGCAACGCAAAUCCUCGGAUCAGCACCUUGCCGCCACCCUCGCAGGUAUUGGCGCCACUGCUGCCGCCCUUGGCGCUGCCAAAGCAGGCCACAGAAUAACCAAGCGCACCAGUCGACCCGAGUUGGGUGCUCGGAGACACGUGAAGCAGCAUGUGGUCGGCGAUCAUCGACAUGGCUCUCCCGGAUCAUCGGACGAAGAAGGCUGGGAAGACGAACUCCCCUCUGACGAUGCAUCCAGCAACGAUGGUCUCGCUUUCGGUGACUAUGGUGGCAAACAUCUCUCUGGUCGACAAAGUCUCGAGAGCGUCGCUUCUCAGUCUUCCGCUGGGGGUCUUGGAGCCUGGGGUUGGAGAUGGGGCGGCAAGGACAAGAAGCGCAACUCUCGAAGAUCGACUUCUGGCGAGCUACCUUACCCACCGAGCGAGUACGGAUCAGCGGCCGGGCCUAUUGGCGCUGGAAUCGCCGCUGGUGCAGCGGCUGGCUCUGUCUUCGAUACCUCCAGACCUGUCCAGCCAAAUCGGACUGUAUACCUGGACGACACUGGACGUCCCCUUCCCAGCGUUGAUGCCAGAUCAUCCACAAGCGGGGCGUCUUCCCAGCCUCUACAGUACAUCGACCCGAAGCCAGUCUCCGAUGCUGGCACGCCAAGGCAGCAGUCCGUUUCUGGGGCAUUCGGCACUCCUACACGUGUGCAGUCGAUGCCCGGCGCGUUCGAGACAGAGGACCCACCAAUUUAUAGGCCUGGUCCCGGUGUUGUGCAACAUCCCCAGCCCAUGUCUCCAGCUCGCCCAGCAUUCACACAACCUGGAGCAGAUGCAGGUUAUACUGCCACAGUAGGCGCAACCGAUGGAAGACCGGUUCCUCGCCGCUCGCAGUCGAGCCCGGUCCAGUCCACUUGGGGUCAGGAUGCUGCAAUGAUCGGCGCGGGCGUGUUGGGCGCUGGUGCUAUCAUCGCUGGGUCCGCCUUAUCAUCUGGUCGCAAGGCUCGUGACUCGCAGUCGAAUGUGCGCUUUGGUCUUACUGAUGAACAAGAGCGAAAGGAGAAUCGUUCUACACGCCAGGAAGACAAGAAGGCUGACGAAGAGCGCCGCCGUGCCGAUCGUACCCGCGCACUCAAGGAGGAAGCGGAGCGUGCUGCAAAGGAGGCACGACAAGAAGAAGUGCUCCGCGCCCGUGAAGCAGAGAACAGAGCUCGUGCUCAGGCACGUCUCGACCUUGAGUGCGAGCAACAGCGCAAGGCGGAGGAAGAAGCUCGAGUACUGGCCGAAAAGCGUGCCCACGAAGAACGAGAGCGACAGUGGGAGAUUGAGCGACUUGAGAAGGAGGCGGCCGAUCGUCAAGCAGCUGCCGCAGCUGCGACUGCUGAGUUCGAGAGGCAGCGAUUGGCUCGCGAAGAAGCAGAACGUCGACAGGCGGAGGUCGAGCGAGAAACCCGCGAGCGCGAGGAGGCUUUGCGACGGCAGCAAUAUGAGCUCGCCGAAGAGGCCAGACGCGAAGACGAGCAGAGACGGCAAUGGGACGCAGAGAGAUAUGCCAGGGAAUACCAGCAAUCCGCUCGCAAUGGGUCCGCCCGUGACUACCAAGAGGAUCCUCGUGGUCGACGAACCGACGAGCCUAACCGCAAGCAGUCCUCUGGCUGGACUACUGUUGCUGCUGGUGCUGCCGCUGCGGCUGGUGUUGGCGCCGUAAUGGCUGAUCGUGACGCGAAAAAGCGUCGCCAGCGGGGCAAGAGCGAUAGCACUGACGAUUCUCCUGUCAGUCGUCGACCUCCACGUACGAGUGUCGAUUGGAAUGCCGAUGCUUUUGCAGACGACCGAGAAGCCGCAGAACAAGCUGAACUUGAUCGUCAAGCUCGCAACCAGUAUGGCCAAGCUUCUCGUGGGAACGUGGAGCGCAAGAAUGGUUAUGCUGCCACAGAGAUUAAGCCUGGCAGUGAUGAGCAAGGAGAGCCGAUCAUGGACGACGACAUCUUCAAUCCGGAUUUCUUUAUGCAGUCACAGCACUCUCCCGCUGAUCGUGCCCGACACGAAGAGCUUGCACGCAAGGCUGCUGACAAAGUCGUUGCUGAGCGUGCCCGAGCUUAUAGUCCGGACAGCAGACCAAAGGAAAAUUAUGCCGACUUCUUCGCAGACGAGAUUAAAGAUGUGCUGGCCAAGAAACCUGGUGAGAAGGAACGAAACAUUCAGCCCGACUCUGACGUCCAGGUCUAUCAUGUUGAAGAAGACGGCGUGAUGCCACCUUUCGCUCUGCGCAACGACUUUGGAGGCAAGAGCAAGCAUGCUCCUUAUGGUGUGCCGAGACUCAAUGUCAUCGCUCCUACGCCGCCUCCUGGUAGCCGUACUACCAGCACGAAAGGCAGCGUGCCGAGCAGUCCGCUGAGCAAGGCUGCUGAUGGUGGCGCUGAGCGGAGUCCUGACUCCGGCAAAGACAGCAAGUCUGAUCGUUCCCGCAGUAUAUCUUGGGGCGAGGACGAAGUCAAUGUCUACGAUGUGCAGACUCCGGAGAGCUUCCAGGAGAAAGACAGGGAGUCUUACAUUACCAGUCCUGAUCUCAACAACAUUGGGAAGGGCGUCGCGGCUGCAGCAGGCGCAGCGGUUGCUGGCGCAGCUUUGCAUGACAUUGUGGUCGAAGAGGGCGACAAGACCAAGACCUAUAAGGAUGAAGACUUCACAACAGCCUCAAGCAAGAAGAGCAAGAAGGACAAGAAGAAGUCCAAGAAGGGUUCCAAGUCCAACGCCGACGAUGCUGAUUCCAGCUUUCUGGAUGAGCUCAGCCAGAAAGCUAAGACCUCUACAGCUUACGAAGACGUGCCACCGGAGCGCGGUACUGAAGUGCCGUACAAAGAGACGGAAUUCUCGCGUACCCGAAAGGACAACGAGCGUGAUCGCCAGAAUGGCGUUGAGGAGACUAUGCGAACGCCAGAGGGCGCAUCACCCGGCACACUUCCUCAUCCUAUUUAUCAACAGCCAUUCUUCGACUCCGUCUCUGACUUCUCUGGCUUCCGUGCUGCGGAUUCCCCUGGCACUGAAGGAGCUCCACCUGUACGCGGUUUCAUCGAGGGAGAGGUCAAGGAGAGCACACCUGUCGAGGAGAAGAGAUCCCGCAUCCCCGGUGGCUUCGACGACGAGCAGAAUGAUACAUCUACUGGCGCAAGCCGUCAUGUCGCUGCAGAAGAGACCGCGGCUCAAGUACCGCUCAGCAAAAAGGAGAAGAAGAAGCGCGAGAAAGAAGCCAAGCGAGCGAGCAGUGGCACUUUUGACAGCAGCGAGCCGUCCACUCCAGCGAAAGAGCGCGAUGAGCCAGUCGUGGAGCCCCCACUCUCAGCCAAGGAGAAGAAGAAACGCGAGAAAGAGGCGAAGCGUGCGAGCAGUGCCUCUUUCGACGUGGAGCCACCAGCAGCUGUCGCAGAACCAGAAGAGCCUGCCUUCGAACCUCCACUUUCAGCCAAAGAGAAGAAGAAGCGGGACAAGGAGGCCAAGCGCGCCAGCGUGACCUUCGAUGAAGACCCUGUGACGCCCGUCGUCGAACGCGAAGCUGAGACGGACAACUGGGAACCACCCCUCUCGGCCAAAGAGCGCAAGAAGCGCGAGAAGGCUGCCAAGAAGGCUGGCAUCGACCCUACUUACAGCGAAGAGCCAACGCCCGUGGUCGAAUCUCCCAAGGCCGAUAUCGAAGAAGCGAACGAGUACUUCCCAAGCACGAGCAGCAAAGACCAGAAAGCCAGCCAGUUUGAGGACGGUCUCCGAAGAAUCGCAAGCACACAAUCCGCCAUCAGUAUGCCUUCGUGGAGCGGUGAUACUGUCGUUAGCGAUGUGACAGCAAAGCCGCCGUCUCCCGAACUGAGCAAGUCUGAGCAGCGCAAGGCUGACAAGCAGGGCAAGAAGUCUGCCUUCAGUUUUGCUGAUGUCACUGAUACCAUACUUGCUUCUGGUGGAGUAGCUGCUGCGGCUGCGACGUUGAACGACAGCGCAGAAGAAUCUCCGUCUGGCUCAAGCAAAAAGGACAAGAAGAAAAAGCGCAAGUCCAAACUCGGCGAGUCGUCGUACGAUGAUCCGCGUGAUGCGCCAAGUGGUAUGCCGGGAGGAUGGGAUACUCCAGAGCGCAAGUCCUCGCCUGAGAGUGCCGAAGCCACGAAAGAGAGCACUGGUGAUCCGCUCUACGAUCAGUCCCGCGAGAUUGACGUGUCGAAGAGUGCUCCAGAGCCAGUCGCUGCAGCAGAGACGGAUCCUGGUUCUGAAUGGUUCGAGCCUACGUCCUCGAGCAAAAAGAACAAGAAAAAGGGCAAGAGGAGUAGUGUUGCGUUCGACAGCACACCGCAGGUCAGCUCACCACUUCGAUCCGAAGUCGCCUGGGACGACUAUGUCGGCAUGAAUGGCGACAAGGUUGAGAGCGAAGCCGGCCGUAGCGAUCCGAUUACUGUGAUCGAGCGACGAUCGAACGAGGAUACCAAAGAUUCGCGACAGUCUUCUACACAAGACGAGUUCUACGAUGCCGGGCCUCGUGUCAGCGAAAGUCCUCGUGACGUGUCUCCCGAAGACGCGCGAUCUGUCAACUCAGCAGACGCUGACAAGGAAAGUCGGCGCAAGUCACGGAGAGAGGAGGCUCGACGGGCUAGCGACUACUACGAGCAACCGCAAUAUGCAUACGAGGCGCAGUCCACGGUUUCAUCUGAGCCUGCCGAUGGCGACGACAGAAAGAAGCACAAGCGGCGAUCGAGGCAUGAAGAUGACGAUACCAUGUCUGUCAGCUCAAGCCGUCGUCGGUCUAGGCACUUAGACGAUGACGAUGAUACUCGUUCUGUAACAUCCAGCCGCUCGCGCCGGGAGAAGGAAGAGUCGCCCACGGCGAAGAAGGAGAAGAAAGGCAUAUUUGGCUCUCUCUUCGGCCGCAAGUCGUCCGAGACUGUUCCUACGUUGAAGGACUCCAGAGAUGAGGAUGACGAAGAACGCCGCCGACGCAAGAAGAAGCACAGAGACUCUGAGUAUGGCGAUGAUGACGAUGACACACGCAGUGUCAAGUCUGAGUCUCACCGCCGUCGCCAUCGCUCUACCGACGAGAAGGACGACAAUGACAGUCGUGAGCGACGCCGUCGCAGCACACACGAGGACGAUGACAAGUACAGCGAGCCGGGAUCUCGACACCACCGCCGUCGCAGAACUGACGAGAGCGGAGAAAGCUUGUCGAGACAUCGCUCGCACGAAUCGAAAAGUGAAUACGGAGACCGUCCGAAGCACCACAGACGACGAACUGAUGAAGACAAGUACGAUUCACGAGAUCAGUCUUUUUUAGGGAGUCGGGUAGAGGAUCUGCCGCCUCUACCCGUUAGUCGCUCAGGUUCUCCGGAUACAGCUGUUGAGUGGAAGGAAGGCAGACCACUCGAGGCUGGAUCCGGGACUGGGUUGGUGACUGCUGCUGCUGCCGGUUUGGCAGUUGGUGUCGCUGCGAGUGCGUUGUCGCGGGGCAAGAAGGGGAAGAAGGGAGGGAAGAAGAAUCGUGAAGUGCAAGAGGAGGAACAGAACAUUGAGCAAACUAUCGAGCAAGCUGUGCCAUUGGCAUCCGCUGCUGCGCAUAGCUUCACUCUACCCUAUGUGCCUGAGCAUGAGGAAGUGAGGGCGGUCAUUGAAGAGGAGGAUAGUUCACCACAGACUCCUGCACCGGUUCUCGAGAAGCCAGCUCGGCCUGUCAGUAUCGGGCGACCAGGAUCGUCUACUGCUGUGCCCUUGAGACUACCGGGCCACGCGCCGACCACACCUGGCGGCAAAGAGAGAGCAAAGAGCUUCAGCUCGCCAUUGAUGACCGCGCCUGGCGGAUCCAGUGUCACGUCUCCUGCCACACCAGGUUCUUCUAGGUCCAGGCAGAGUCGACCUCAUUCGUCCGAGAUCAAGUCGGGGAUCAUGCCGCUCUAUCUGGUUGAACGCAGCCGACCUGUGCAAGAAGUUGAAGACACCUUGCCCAGCUUGCCAUCAAGCAAGCCAUCCAGCAGAGCUUCGAGCGUGCAAGGGAGUGACGAGUAUGAGUCAGCCAGAGAGGAGUUCAGCGUUGCGAACAGUGUUGCAACUUCGCCUGACCGGACUCGCAGCCGCAGUUUGACUUUGGACACCAUUGGAGCGAACAACUUCCGCUCUGACGGAGACAUUCUGGGCUCCGAACAAACUACACCCAAGGCUAGCGAGUGGCCACAAACCGCGAUACCCUGGGCUUUGCCGAUAGCUUCCGGUUCUGGAGAGAAGAAGGAGAAGCAACAACCACAGUUCUACACCUGGGAAGAUUUCGCCCAGGACGAGAGGCUGCAUGAGCAGGAAAGAGGUGUCGAUGCCGAUGCUGCUACCACUAUCGCGCCGGAGGACUCCGCUCUGCUUGUGGACACGUCACGAAGUCGAUCGGCAUCUCCGUCAAAGGCAAAGGCGCUGGCUGCUGCUGCCAUGUUGGGCACUGCUGCGGUGUAUGCUGCUCACAAGGGCAACGAUCGAUCUCCAGAGCGUGCUGCAGAGGCCAAACGAGAUGAGCCUCUACCUUCUGCUGCUGCCCAUAGCUAUCCACUUCCUUAUGUGCCAACGCCAGAGCCUGAGCAGAUUGCUCAGCAGACAAGCUCGGCCGAGGCAGAGUCGUCACGAAAGCUUGAAGAGGCGUUUGAGCCUGUCACCACAUCAAAGAAGUCAAAGAAGAAAGGCAAAAAGGGCAAGAAGUCGCAAGUUGAGACGCCGGAACAGAUUGCAUCGCCUAACGAUGCAGUCACUGAGAGAUCUGUCGAGCCUACGCCGCAGAAGGAUGACACUCAAGAUCCAAUCAUGUUUCCGUCGGCUGCAGCACACACAAUCCCAGUCGUGCCUGCGAUCGAGUUCACGGAGCCUUCGCCCGAGAAGGAGAGAGCCCUCCAAGCUCAUGGCGAUACGCAACAGCCCGAUCCUGGAUACUUCGCUUCUGCAGCUGCGCAUUCGAUGCCAGUAUACGAUCCGGUCCAGACGAGUCGCAAUGUCGGAGACCAGGAGCCAGCUCCGGAGCCUUACAAACUCCCUGGCCUCAAGUCUGAGCCUGCUCCUCUUGUGAUUGAGCAACGAAAUGUCCAGGUCGAACCGCCAGCUGAAAUCGUCGAGGUCAACCCGGCACCCCAGCUCAUUCGCAAGCAGUCGAAGAAGGACAAGAAAAAGGCCAAGAGGACUUCGAUAUUUGAAGAUGAACCGAAAGCGAGUGUUGCUGAUGACUUGCCGUUGACAGAGUCCAGCUCACUUCCAGUGCAAGAUGCCGAUAGAGGUGUCAAAGACGCCGAUGCGCCUGCUUCGUCAAACUUUGGCUUGUCUGACUUCGGUGCAGUUGCUGCUGGUGGUGCUAUUGGCUGGGGUCUUUCACAAGCAGAUGCUUUCCGAAAAUCGAUGCAGAGUGUUCAUGAAUCCGAGCACAAGCCCGAGGAGGUGACGCAUGAAAUGCCAAACGAAGUCCAUGCUGAGUCUACCGAUCCUCUAGUCGCCGAAAAGCCCGCAGAGACCACUGAGGAGGUCUUUGAGCCAAUCUCGAGCAAGAAAUCUAAGAAGGGCAAGAAGAAAAGCAAGCAGAGCUCUACCUUUGACGUCUUGCCAGAAGUCGAGGGGAAGUCAGGCGAGUUUCAAGAUCUUGAGAAGUCUGUUGAUGCUACAGUAGAGCCAGAGCAGCCUAUCGAGCCAGCUCAGGACACUCAGCCUGAGCCAAUUCGAGAUCUCCAGGCUGAGCAGACCACUGCAAUCACUCCAAUCGACGAUGACUGGACCGCUCCGACGACGUCGAAGAAGAAGUCGAAAAAGGACAAGAAGAAGCGACUUUCCAUGCCCGCUGAGCCCGAAGUUGAGAUUGCGCAAGCGGAAACUGCGGAACAACAAGACUCGAAGAGCCAUGGCGUUGCCGUAGAUGCGCCCGAAGCCGGAUCCGAAUCCUUACAGAGCACAGAGAGAAUCGCCGACUCGUUGCCGACUGCCGCUGAACCCAUCGAGGGCUCAUCAGCUCCGUUGCUCGAAGUCGAUACUUCCCAGCCAACGAUUUCAAACGAUGCCUCAGUAAUCGGGGGUUUCGUUGAGUCUGUACCAGACACCAAGGAUGCUGUAGAGACCGCAAUACCAGACCCUGAACCUGCCGAUGACUCCUUCCCCGAAGUGUCUACCAAGAAAAGCAAGAAGUUGAAGAAGAAGCAGAAGGCACUUGCUGGGGAAGCUGUUGCUGAGGCAGCCGGCGAGAAUGAGCAAGAAGUUCAGCCUGAUGCCAUCCCAGAGGCCACAGAGGAGCAAGAUCGAUUUGUCGAUGUGGCCCCUGCUGCAGAGCCCGCUCCCCAGGAGACUGUCCCAGAAGCAAGUCCAACCGCUGAUAAUCUCGAAUCGGUUGAAGAUGUGCCUGCCGCUUCCUCCAAGAAGAAGAGCAAAAAGGAGAAGCGCAAAUCGAAGACCGUGUCUCUCGACGAGUCGGAGAAGCCUUCUGAGGAUGCUUUAGGUCUCGAGGGUGAUGCAACUGAGUCAAAGGCGAUUGAGACAGGUAUUCUACAGGACCUUGUUGCUGAAGAGGCAGCGAUGUCGAUUGAGGAGACUGCACAACGUUCCGACAUUAUCCCAACAGACAGCGCCGCGCCUAUUAUUGAAGAAUUGGCUCCUACCACGUCUAAGAAGAAGAGCAAAAAGGAUAAGCGGAAGUCCAAGACGCUUUCAUGGGAUGAGCCCGACGAAACUCCUGCCAGUCAAGAUGGCAUUAUAGAAGCACCGAAACCAGAAGCACUAAGCAACGUAGACAUCGACGCGUCAGCUGAGAAGUCGCUCGAGCUUGAGGACCAGCCUCCUGUAGACGCUGCAGAGCCUAAGCUUGACGUGCCGGUCGUAAAACCUGACGUUGGGACAGAAACGACGCAGCCAGAGGCGGCCACAGAAGCCGCUCAGACGCCAGCAGAUGCUACAGGGAUUUCAAAGGAACUCGUAGAAGACGAUUUCUCCCAGCCAAGCACGAAGAAAAAGGGCAAGAAGAACAAGAAGCAGUUUGACUCGUCGUGGGAGCCAGAACAAGCAGAUACUGCGAUUCCUGAGGAGACUCGGGAUGAUACCGCGCUCAAGACCGACAAAUCUGCUGAAGAGGCUUUCAGCAAGACCGAUGCACUCGCUGUAGGCGCAGCAGCCGCUGCCGGAGCCGUUGCUGCGUCCGCACUCGCAUCUCACGAGGAUACUCCUGCUCAAGACGAGCCUCAAUCUACACUAGACAACACGGCUGAGCCACAAGCUGAUGACGCAUGGCGAGCUCCGGUCUCGAAGAAGAAGUCCAAGAAAGACAAGCGCAAGAGCAAGACCUCUGAUUGGGAAGAACCAAAGGAAACAACGCCCGAAGCUGCGCCACAAAAUGAUGUUGGAGAUGCACCCACCGAGCAAGAUCUACAUAUCGCCAUUGCUACGCCCGAAGCUGCCAUCGAACGUAGUGAGCAGAAUGUCGAUUCGAGUACCGCCCAAUCCGUGGACGGGGAGAAGCCUACAUUGUCCCGCAAGCAGAGCAUAAAGGACAAGAAGAAAAAGAAGUCGCUCUCGUUGCAAGUGGAAGAGGAGCCAAAGGUCGAGGACGACCCUUCGGUUGAGACUCUGGAAGCUGAUUUGGGAACCGUUCCAGCUGCCAGCGAUCCUGCCGGUGAAGUCAUUCAUCAGGCUGACCGCGCGGCGGAGGACGAAGUACCGCAGCCUACUGAGACUCCCGAUGAUUCCUUCCAUGACGCUGAAGACUUCUUCGAGGCUCGACCUGUUGUUGAUUCUUGGCAUGAUGCGGAGGAGGCUUCUCUGCCUGCUGAAGUACCUGCCGCAGAGUCGACUCCGACAGCGGACAAUUUCCACGAGGCGACGCCAGCGGCAGCCGACAAGGAGGUCGAAAUGACUGCUUCAAAUCAACAAGCGGUAGAGCCUGCUCAAGAAUCUUGGGCCGAUAUGAUGGACGAUACUGCGACCGUCAUCGCCGACACUAACGAGACCUCAUCUCAGCAAAACAACUUGGUCGACGAUGUGUUUGGAAUUGCCUCUGAUGCAGCUGAUUUCAGCUCCACUCCUGAGGGAAAGCCAGCUAAUCAUGGCGAGAUCAUGCCUGACCGUGGCGCUGAGUUCGAGCCUGAGCGAGCUUCUGAGGACAUGGAUGCUUUUGGCGAUCCAACACCGCGAGAUCCUGCAGAGUGGUCGCUUGGCACCUCGAAGAAGGGUGGCAAGAAGGGUAAAAAGGGCAAGAAGUCUGUUUCGAAGGCGCCGAUAAUCCCUGAACCUGCAAAGAGCUCUCCCUCUGAGCCUGCUGUUGCUAAUGCCACAGCGUUUGAGACGCCCGGGGAACCUGAGAAGGUUGAAGUGCCGCCAAAUGAAGAUGUUCUCGAUAAGUCCGCUCUGCUGGACGUGGAAUCCCCUCAACACGAACAACCCAGCGAGACGCCUGCAAAGUCUUCCGAAGCCAAGGAUAUCAGUGACGAGGCACCUCUCUUGAAGGAUACUGAAACAGCAAUGGAAGAGCAGAUCGUCACUUCAGAUGCACCAGCAGAUAUCCAGCCCCCGGCAAAUGAUGCUCAGGAUGUCGUUGCUGAUCCUGCGCCUGCCCACGAAACUGCGACUGCAGAGACGGAUGACUUCUUUUGGGCACCAUCGAGCAAGAAGAAUAAGGGCAAAAAGGGCAAGAAGUCGCAGCAAUCGGACGAGUCCAUCCUAACGCCCGAGACCCAAGACCUGGUUGAAGAGACGUCUCCUUCAAAGACCGAAGAUGUAGUCGAGGCAGAGCGGUCCAUCCCUACCUCCAAUGAUCUCGCCAGCACAGACAUCCUUUCAGCCGACGUCGAGGCAGCCAAGGAGCAAGAAACCCCGAUGCCUGCUGCAGAGGAGCCAGAGGUCUCUACAGCAGCUCCACUGUCGAAGAAGGAUAAGAAGAAAGCGAAGAAGGCCAAGAAAUCCGGCUCUCAGACUCCACAGGACACCGAAGAACCUCCGUUAGACAAAGACACCACUUCCCACGUCCCCGAUUCGGAGCAAGUGCAGAACAAGGAUGAGACUGCUGAGUUCGCUGGCGAAAAGUCCAUCGACUUGGUCACAGAAGCCGCAGGCCCCAGUGAUGACCAUGCAGCCCUCAGCGACCCAGCUGAACCAUCGGAAGUGAAGGUUGAAGGCGCAGCAGAGGACGUGGUCACAGAACGCGCACAGGAUGACCAAGAGAAGCCCAAAGUCGACGCAGAGACUCCCUUGCCUGAGUUUGAAAGGUCCAAUGAGGAAACUGCGAAGGCAGACCAGCAGGAUGUUGCCGCCAGCGUCGAUAACGAGGACGCUGACUUUUCCUGGGCGCCGGCUUCCAAGAAGAGCAAGAAGGGGAAGAAAAACAAAAAGUCCGUCACCGAAAUACCUGCGAGCAACGAGGAAGAGAAGUCGCUGGAUCGCAAUGAGGAUCUCAAAACCGAUGAUACUACUCGCGUCGAACCUUCUGAUGAACCUGCUCUUGCCAUCGGGGGCGCCACUGUGGCUGCCGGACUCUUGGCCAGCUCGACGCUGCCCGAGACGUCAGUCGAGACUGAAACUUCAACGCCGAUGCAGGAAACCACGGACGAUUUCGCGUGGCCUACCGCAUCGAAGAAGAAGGCCAAAAAGUCCAAGAAAGGAUCCAAGUCUGCUAUUGAAGCACUUCCCGAACUGGAAGUUGCGAAAGACGAGCCUGAUAUGAACCUCGAGACAACUAAGCCACUCAAUGAGGCCAGUGAAACCGUGCCCGACAUUGAUUCAGCACCAGCUCAGCAAUCGGCGGAACUCGUCAAAGAGCCUGUUGAAGAGACCGCGCGCGACAUCGUGACAGAGGAGACCUCCACGCCAGUGGAUGAGACUGCAGAUGACCUUUCGUGGGCAUCCGGAUCGAAGCGAAAGGGCGAAAAGGGCAAGAAGGGCUCCAAAUCUAUCCCUGCGACUGAAGAGAAAGAGAAUGAAUUACAAGCUCAGCCUGAUUCGACCCCAUUGCCCGAGACCAGUGGCGAUCUUAUUCCUGACACCGGCAUGGAGCCAGCUUUGCCCGAGCCAGCAAUUGAGCAGUCGGCCGACGAGACUCGUGAAGGCCCUGUGAAUGUAACCGACUCAGCGCCUUUACCGACCGAAGAGCCUGAAGAUCUCUGGGGCACUACUGUAUCUUCGAAGAAGAAAAAGGGUAAGAAGGGCAAGAAGUCCGGUCUUGCAACGCCUGUCGAGCAGGUGCCAGAGGCGGCGAGGGAAACAGCGAACGAAGUCGCAACUUCUGAGACCGCAAAGGAGACCGACCAGGCCGCGGUGCCGGACGUGGCGGAGCUCGAGGACAAGAGCAUUGCUGGACAAGCCGUCGAGCUCCCCACCCCUGAGCCGAUCACCGAGCCUGCGACCGACGCAGAUUUGUCGAAGAAUCUGGCUGUCGAAGAGCAAUUCAAAGACGCCGAUGCGGAGAGGUCUGCUCCUACCACCGAUUUGCCUGUUGCUGAGGACGACUUCGCCGGCUUCUCUACUUCCAAGAAAACGAAGGGCAGGAAGGGUCGCAAGUCCGCCUUGUUCGAAGUCGAGGAGUCUACAUCCAAAGAAGCAGACAAGACCGAUGAGCCGGUAGAUUCGACUACUCCGAAAGACGUCCAGGUGUCUCACACAGACGCGCCCGAGCCUCAAUUAGACGUUUCAACGGCUGCGCCCGAGACACCUGCGGGCGAGCAAGAUGAUUUCGCGAGUUUCACGACCUCUAAGAAAAAGAAGGGCAAGAAGAACCGCAAAUCUGAUAUCUGGGCGAUGGAUGAGGCUGCCGCGAGUACGGAUGCGUCAACUGCGUUCGAGACAGCCGAUCAACCCAAGGAUGAGCAAAUUCCGAACGAAAAGACGUCUGCUGAGAUACCGGAGGCGCCGAAGGAAGAGCCUACGCUGAGCGAGGAGGCUACACCACUCGUGACGGGUCCAUUGGCUGAUGUCGAGCCAACUGCCGAGACAGAAGACGUCUGGGCCACUCCUACCUCAGGCAAGAAGAAGAAGGGCAAGAAGAACCGUAAGUCUGGCGCAAUUGACAUCGAAGAAGCCAAGCCUGAUGUCGAUGCUGCCAUUUCGUCUGAGACUUCCGCGCUGCCCAAAGACGAGGAGGUUCUAGUGGGGACGUCCGAAAGAUCAAUAGAGGAGGCUGUCAAUAUCGAAGAUCCUUCAGCUGAGACGUUCAACAAGUCGCCCGAAGAAAAUGCCGCUGUAUCCGACCCGUCAAAUGAGCAGCCAUCGGUCGAGCCCAUUGAGGGAGACAUCUGGGCUACAUCGGGUUCCAGCAAGAAGAACAAGGGCAAAAAGGGGAAGAAAUCUGCUGCGUUGGACGUUGCAGAAGCCAAGAUGGAAGACUCUGCAAUGCCUCUCGAAAUUACCGACUCGAAGACGGUAGCCGGCGACGAGCUUCCCGCUGACAGCCUUGACAAGCCAGUGGACGAGCCCGCAUCUCUUGAACCAAUGCCUGCGGAGUCAUUAAACGAGACGCAGCCGAUCGAGUCAUCCGAGGACUUCUGGGCCCCUUCUACCUCGAGCAAGAAGAAAAAGGGCAAGAAGGGAAGGAAAUCUGGUGUGUUUGAGGUCGAUGAGCCCAAAGCGGAUGAGAAGCUGGAAGAUGCACCUGUCGAGAGCACGGAGCCGCCAGCUGAGACCGCCGAACAGCUUGUGGACGAGCAGCCUGCAACGGAUGAUAUUACAGUGGUACCGGAGGCAUUUCCUGCCGAACCUGUCGAAGCAGCAGCAGACGACAUCUGGGAUGUCCCCACCGCGGGCAAGAAGAAAAAGGGCAAGAAAAGCAGAAAGUCGGGCGUUUUCGACAUGGAUGAGCCAAAAGCUGAUGAAUCGACCACACUCGAGACAAUCGAGAAAUCAGAAGAUGUACCAGCCGAUGCAGCCGCUCAGCCAACAGCCGAACUGCCUUUGGCCGAAGAGUCUGCAAUCGCGCCAGAACCAACGACAGCAGAACCCACCGCGACCACAGACGAUUUGUGGGCUACCCCGACUACCGGCAAGAAGAAAAAGGGCAAGAAAGGCAAGAAGUCAGGAACUGUAACGCCGGCAGUGGAGGGACUUGAUCGGCUGGCCGAGACAUUCGAGGCCAGUGAAGAGCAAAAGUCUGGUGCAAGCGAGCAAUUACCCGCAGAGGAGACCGUUGAGCGUGCUGUCCUGGAGCAGGCCGAAGAGAGUGGUGCAGUUGACUUUGACCAGGAACGUGGCGACAACACUAAUCCGUCCGACAGCCUUACCAGCGCAGAAGUGAAGGAUGCUGUCCUCGAGCACGAAACUACUGAGAAGUCUGAGAACGAGUCCAUGAUCGGAAAGUCGGAGGUUGCAGCGACGCCCGAUGCGACUAAAGAGAUGGAACCUUCCAAAGAUCUUGCUGGACAGGUCCCUGAGGAUGCCCAACCUGUACAAGAUGGCGAUGACUGGUUUGCGCCGCAAUCAUCCAAAAAGCAGAAGAAGAAGGGCAAGAAGAACAAGUCUGCUGCCACCGAGACGAACAGCGAGAGAAUCACCGAGCCAAGUCGAGAUGUGGAGACUCCCGAGCUGACUGCCAACGAAGAGCUCCGUACCGUCGAAGAUGUCGUCGUUGAGGAACAACCUGCAGCACAGCCAGAAAAGAUCGAGCCAGCAAAUGCAGACGAUGCGCUGAAUUCACAAACAGCUGACACAGAUGACUUGUUCACUCCAUCGAGCAAGUCGAGCAAGAAGGCCAAAAAGGGAAAGAAAUCGAAGCAGGUCUCGCUUGAAGAGACGCCAAUCGUGGUGGGCGAUGUCGGAACCGCCGAAGAAGCUCGCACGUCCGAGCAACAAGAUGAGCUGAUGCCAGACGCUCAAUUGGAGCCCGAAAUCGCAACCGAAUCGUUGACCCAAGAGAUCCAUGAUCGAACGGCAGAGACGGAUGUGGAAUCCUCUCAGCCAGAUGUAAAAGCCACAGACACUGCAGUGACGGAGACAAUCGAUGUUGAUCAGCCUGCUGAGGCCCCUAUUCGCGAAAAGCCCUCAGAACUACUACCUGCCGAGAACCCAGCUCUGGUUGAAGCGCAGGGCGAGGAUGUCAUCGCUCCGGAAGUUGUUGAUCCGCCUACUACUCAGGAGGCCGACGACUUGUUCACUGUUUCCAGUAGCAAGAAGAAAGGCAAAAAGGGCAAGAAAGGGGAGCAAUCGGUUUCUGAAGAUAUUUCCGAACCACCGACAGACUCGCCGAAAGUGUUGGAGGAAACCUUCCAAGAUGUGUCUGUCCCACAGUCAACAGCAACGACUUCCCAAGAAGCAACAGAAGCCGAGUCAGAAGACGUCUGGGCACUUCCAAUCAAGGGCAAGAAAGGCAAGAAGGCCAAAAAGCUUCAACAGCUUGCUGCAGAGAAUCUUCGGGCUGAAUCCCAGGCCGAAUCUCAGGCUGAAAGCUUGGAGUCGCGACCAGAGGCUGAGACGAGCACAAGCGAUGCGCAGCCGUCGACCGAAGCAGAUGCGGACGACUUGUGGGCUGUACCAAGCACAGGGAAAAAGAGCAAGAAGGGAAAGAAAGCCAAGCGCGAUGCGGAGCUAGCAAUCGAGGAGCCCUCUGUCGUCCCAGCAGAUCUGAAUGAUGAGCAACCCGAAACAGCACAAGGCAACUCCACCGAAGCGAUUGCAGAGCGUGAAGUUGAAGAGCGUAUCGCAGAAGCACCCAUUCAUCCCCUCGAGCAACCAGCUGACCAUCAAAAUGCAUCAAGAGAAGUGGAUGUGGCGUCCGAGGGCGUCGAACGUGCCGUUGAAGAGCCUGUAGCUGACGAGCCAACCAAGUCGGAGCGCAGCGACGGCGCUGAGUUCGCCGAGGCUGCCGCGGGCGCUGUUGCUGCUGCCGCUGCUAUCGCCGUAGCUACCGCUUCGACAGAAGACAAAGAGGCCGCUACUACGUCGGAUGUGUAUGACUGGGGCGCAGUCUCCACCAAGAAGUCGAAAAAGGAUAAGAAGAAGGCUCGGAAGAGUGGCAGCGCAACUCCUGCAGCUCCACUCGAGCAGGACCCAGCACCGACAAUUGAAGAUGUGCCUCAAGCAGAGCAGUCUGUUGCGACAGAGGAUGCGCAGAACUCAAGAACGAUCGACGAUGCCGUGGAAAUCGCGACCGCCCAUGAUCCUGGAGUUGAAGAAGCCGCUACCUCUGGACAGCUGCUAGACAGCUCACGCGAAGUCUCUGCGUUGCCAGUAGAGACAAGAGACCUGAACUCGACACUGCCAUCUGCAUCCGCCGGUAGCGAUGUCGACUUUACAGCUACGGUCGCUGCCGGACUGGCCGAUAGCGGCUUCAAUCCAGACAUGGUCAUCAAUGAUCCCGCAUUCCAGCGGAGAGCAUCACCUACUGGAGUUGCUGAGGCUGAUCCAGAAGAGGACAUCUUUUCAACCACCGUCAGCAAGAGGAAGAAAAAGGGAAAGAAGAGCCAGACAAUUUCUGAGUCACCGCCUGUUGUUGAGACUGCCGAUGAACAGCCAAAAGCGGGAAGCGAUGUCGAUGACAUUCUGAACAAGACACUCGCAAGUACUGGCUUCGAUGCAACGCUUCUAGAGAAGGCUAUGGCGGCCAGCAGGGAGCAGUCUCCAACAGAAGCUGAACCCGAGUCCGAAUUCGCUUUUACCACAACCAAGCGUAAGAAGGGCAAGAAAGGCAAGAAGACGGCAGUGGCAGAGGAUGAGGAGGCAAAGAAGUCUGCUGAACAAGCUCGAUCUACUCAGGUCGAAGAGAUGGACGCCGAUGCUCCAGCAGAGGCAUCACGUGAAGAGCCUUCAGCUCCACUUCCAGUGGCUGCGACCGACAAUAAUGAGCACAGCUGGAUGGUACAAGAUGAGAUGGACGUCGAUGCGAUGGACAAGGCUUACAAAGCAUACAAGAAGAACAAGCGACAACAAAAGAAGCUGAAGGCCAGAUCUGGCGGCACAUCGGACAACCCUGAAAGUAGUGCCGUGGACGAUACCGAGCGAUCUGCAAUCAUGUCUGAAGCCGAGGACACAUCGGCAAAGGCAGUCGCUGAGCUGACGAAGGAUGAGGUGACUGGUCAGGACAAAGAUGUGCAACCUACAGUGAAGAGCCCUGGCAGCGCCACCAGCUCCAACAGCAUCGUGCAAUCUGUCUUUCCAGGUCUGGAGCGCAUCAAGCGUCGUGCACCGCCUGCAGGCGCAAACGCAGAUGGCAAGUCACAGGACCGCAGGGCAAGCCAUGAUUCCGGAUCACGCGGCCUGAUGCACACUUCCGAAGUGUCCCAGAACUUGCCAACGGAAGUCCCGCGGUCACCCACCAAGUCGACAGAUCAAUCCUCCGGGUUGCCUGCACUAGCGGCAGGUCUGGCCGCUGCCGGCGUGGGCAUUGCCAGCGCUGCAGGGCAAGACAAAGGGUCCCAAGAUCGCUCACUGCCAUCGCAAGAGUCGUCCUGGUCAUUUGCUGCGCUUCGAGGCGAUGACCAGGCUUUUGUUGAUCCUUCCAAGCAAGAUGCUCAAGACCGAACUGUUCGUGACAGUGGCUAUGAGACUGCGAAGCGCUCCUCACAGCAAACCGACCGCUCAAGUGCUGAGGUGCCACAAAUCGUACGCACGAGCUCCUCCCGCGAUAGCUUGCUACAGCGACGCUCGCUUGAACCGCUGCGUGUUUCGACGCCAACAAGCCCGGACUGGGACAUUCACACGCCGAAGCAGAGACGUGGCAACGACAGUGCACGAGACGUUCCCCACCACGAGCGCAAGUUGAGCGACAACACCCCUCUCGAGCCCACAAGUAAGAACCGCGCGUCUUAUCUCUUCCAAUCCCCCCCUGACCCUCUCGCAGAAGCUGCGCUUUCCCCAUCACAACUUCCAGAGCAGCCAUCACCUAUUCAGAAGCCCAGCAGCACAAAUCACACCAGAGCACAGUCUGCAUCUGUCCCCGCAGAGCACAGUCCGGCACUUAGCUGGGAUGGCAAUCGCGACAGAUCUGCCUUCUCACCGACAUCACCACGAGCUCCUCUCGAUGCCAUACCCGAAGAGCAUGCUCGCCGCCAGCACUCGCGGAAGAGGAGCAAGGCAAGAGCUGAGGUUGGCGGACCAGAAAACAUCAAGGCAGUCCGAAGGACGGAGACGCCCAAAGCAAUUCGGGCACAAGAAGAAGCUCUUUCGCCGUCGAACCGUCGCCAUCGAUCCUCUGGUAGCGGUGGCAUGAGAUCUGUCAGCAGUCCUACCAGUACCUCGGACGAAGUCUUCAACCGUUUGCCAUGGCCACCGGUGGACCAAGAGAACGAGACCGUGCAGCUCGAUCGAUCUCGUCCACGAAAUGGCCCUCUGACGCCCGACUUGCGCUCUGCCAGUGUGCUGAGCGACCGCUCGAAUGUCAGCGGGAACCACUUCAAGUCUCCUCACGAGAUGCGCUCCUACAGCCGGAACAGCAACAGCAGCUCCACGCCCUCGCUCCGCCGCACCAGCCUGUCCGGCGAUCUUCGGGCGGCAAGCAAGCGGGGCGGAUCUGAUCUCGGCUCGCUGAAUGGCUCGCUUGCGGGAUCGGCCGUUGGCGCUAGAGCCUCACCUUCGACCAUUGCCUUUGAGCCACCGCCGACACCACCGCUCGAGCACGAUGAGCUGAUUCACGGAGGCGCCUCGCGCGCAAUGGACACCUCGGACGAUGUUUUUCAAGGAUAUGGCGACGCGCAACGGUCGCAAGUCUCGCCGACGCGUCCGCCAAGCGUGCGAAAGCGACAGAGCAUGCACAUCAACGACCUGGAGACGCGGUUAGAUCUCCUGGUGGCCGAGAACCGCGCACUCCAGGAAGCCCGACAAGCCAGUGAAGGUGCCCGCGGACUGGGCGACGGGUCAUUGCAGGAAGCACUUGAAGCACGUGACCUUCAACUCCAGGCCAAAGAUGCCGAGAUCAACCAGAUCAAGGCCAUGCUGCAACCUUUGCAGGAUGAAGUGGCCCGUCUGACGGAACUGAGCAACGGCCUGACUGAGGCCAACCGCAACCUCGUCGACGACACGAAUGGACGCUAUGCCACCCUCCAGGCCGAGCAUGCCGAAGCUCACAGCAAAUGGCAGGAAACAGCACAGGAACUGGAAGGGAUGCGCAGCGAACAUGGCAGGAUCACCUCCGGCAUGCGAGAUAUCGUGGAAGCUGAAAUCGCGAGCUCGUUGGCCGACAAGAAUGCGGAGAUUCUCCGACUGCGCGAACAGCUUGACAUUGCCGCUGAGCAGAUCCGGGCAUUGCAAGUUCAGAUCCAAUCGUCCAAGUCAUCAGAUUUCCUCGUACAGAGAGACGAAGAUUACUUCGAUGGCGCGUGCCAGAAGCUGUGCCAGCAUGUGCAGCAAUGGGUCUUGCGCUUCUCCAAGAUGUCGGACAACCGCGUGUGCCGCCUCUCGACCGACUUGAACGACGAUAAGAUCGAGGCUCGUCUGGACAAUGCAGUCCUGGACGGCUCUGAUGUGGACAAGCUGCUUGGCGACCGCGUUCGCAGGCGGGACGUGUUCAUGUCAGUUGUGAUGACUAUGGUCUGGGAGUACAUUUUUACACGAUACCUCUUCGGCAUGGACCGCGAGCAGCGACAGAAACUCAAAGCUCUCGAAAAGCUCCUCGCAGAAGUUGGACCACCUCGCGCAGUGGCUCAUUGGCGCGCAACAACACUGACGCUUCUCUCCAAGCGUCCUCAGUUCGAUUCACAAUGCGCUCUCGACACUGAAGCAGUUGCACAUGAGAUCUUCGAGAUCUUGUGCAUGCUAUUGCCACCGCCCUCAAGCUCGAGAAGUCAACUACAAGCAUCUCUACAAAAGGUGCUCCGCAUCGCAGUGGAUCUUGCAAUCGAGAUGCGCACGCAACGCGCAGAGUACAUUAUGCUGCCACCAUUGCAGCCCGAGUAUGACACUAAUGGGGACCUGGUUCGCAAAGUGUACUUCAACUCCUCGCUCAUGAAUGAGCGCUCGGGGCUUUUCAGCUCCAACGAAGAAUUGGCCGCAAAGCAUGCGGUCGUCAAGAUUGUUCUCUUCCCGCUCGUCGUCAAAAAAGGCGAUGAUGUUGGGGAAGGAGAUGAUGAAAUUGUGGUUUGCCCGGCGCAGGUGCUGGUGCAUAACGAUGGAGGGAGGGACAAGAAAAUUGUGAGGGUGAUGAGUGGCGCUAUGGAGAUUGAUGAGCCGAUUCGAAGCAGACAGAGCAAUCGGAGCUUGAUUAGUGAGGCGCAAGGGGGGUCGGAAUUUUGAUGAUUUGACUGAUUGGUGCUGUGUUUGAGGAUUGGGUUGGUAUGGUUUCAAUUCUGCUGAAAUGAGUGAAAUGCGUUGAGGCGAGCAUGACUUUUUAUGACAUUCUACGAACAUGAAGAGUAUAUUAUAUACAGUAUAACAAU